AAAAAAUGAAAAUCUAUUGGCAAUAUAUAUGCAUUUCAAUUACAUGUUUCAUGCUAAAUAUUAAUGCAGAUAUAAUAAAUAAAAAUGUGGAAAGAGUAUUGGAUUUAACAUCACAACUCGUUAAAACAACGUAUAAAAUAUCUGUAGAAGAUUUAACCGGCAUCGCUGUCAAAGAUUAUGUACUAAUAAUCAGAGAGCCGAAUUUAUCUUAUAUUUCUGCGAAAGACGGCUUUGAUAAUACUGUGAAACUUCAAAAGCAAGAAUCUGAAAAUAUUCAAGAGCAUAGUUAUAUUCUUAAUUUUUUAAAAGAUUCACCCAAGCAGUCGAUAUACAUUGAAACAGUUUCAACUAAAAACUUAUUGCCACAUCCAUACGAAAUAAAACAAAAUGAUAAGCAAAUGGUCAAAUUUGUCGGUAAUCUAUAUCUGUAUUCAAUAUACAAGACUAUUACACAAAAGACAAAUGUCAUACUGAGUUCUUCCAACGUACUUUCGAGCACUCAAAUAAAACCAUUUUCGCUUGCGGCUAAUAAAAUAUUUUUUGGACCGUAUGAAAACGUUGAAAAGCUAACUGAAGAGGAACUGAUGAUUCACUAUGAAAAUCAAUCUCCUUUUUUGACUGUAAACUCAUUGGAUCGCACAAUUGAAGUAUCACAUUGGGGAAACAUUGCUGUAAAAGAGUCUAUUCAAAUAACUCAUAGUGGUGCAAAACUUAAGGGAUCAUUUUCUCGCUAUGACUUUCAAAAAGAUGGUCGAUCUGGACAGUCUGCAGUGAAAUCUUACAAAACAUAUUUGCCAGCAUCUGCAUUUAGUGUUUAUUAUCGCGAUACAAAUGGUAAUAUAUCGACAUCAAAUAUGAAUUUGCAGCAAGACUACGUCGAUCUUGAUCUACGCCCCAGAUUUCCACUAUUUGGUGGCUGGAAGACUCAAUACGUUCUGGGUUACAAUAUUCCAGCAUAUGAAAAUCUGUUUAGCGCCGGAACUGAUUAUGUCUUAAAGAUGCGUUUAAUCGAUCAUAUCCAUGAUAAUAUGUCGAUUGAAGAAGCUGUUAUAAGUAUUAUAUUACCGGAGGGUUCUGCUAAUAUAAAGCUUGAUACUCCAUAUACAGUUAAUCAUCGCCAAAAUGAAUUGAUGUAUACCUAUUUAGAUACUGUUGGUCGCCCUGUAAUCUCAUUUACAAAGCGCAAUUUGGUAGAGAAUCAUAUUACAGACUUUACACUUAAAUAUACAUUCUCCAAGGUUUCUCUACUUCAAGAGCCUCUAUUAGUUAUUGCAUUUAUCUAUAUUAUUUUCAUUUUUACUAUCGUCUUUCUAAGAAUGGAUCUUUCUAUUACUUCCCAUUCGCAUAAGGAAUAAAUAUUACAUAAUGUGGAACAUAUUAUUUUACACUAAAUAAAGCUUUAAUG